AUGAGAGAAAUGCAACUCAUGCACCAAUGGUCCACAGUCACCUACCGUACUUCUGUUCCUCGCAAUGAGGAAGUCUUUCGCGACUACGCAGUCGAUAAAGCCCUACAACACACUUACCUAAUGGACAUAAUUCUUGCAUUUACGUCUCUGCACAGUGCAAGCAAAGCAUCGAAAGCCAGCGAUGUACACGAGCAUGUCGCCGCCGCUCUCCACUACCAGAAUCAGAGUAUAACUGAGCUCAACGAAAAACAAUCGCUCUUCAGGAUCUCGAAAGAAAACCUCGACCCUGUAUAUCUCAUGACUGCUCUCCACGCAGUUACCGCACUGGUGGCAUCUCUGACACCCGCAACUCCGGGCGAGCAGUUAGAACCGAUAUCCGGAAUACUGAUGCGCAUCAGGAAGUAUGCGCUAUGCCUGAACGACAUGAUUGACGAGCACAUUGUGUGGGCUAAAAGUAGCGAAUUGAAGCAAAUCCUUGAUAGACCCACUGCGCCCAAGAUCGAGGAAGCUGGUUCAUUCACAGCGGAGAAGCUGCGGGCGUUGACCGAUGCUAUACUGGCGAACAUGGAUCUUGAUGACACUGCCACUCCAUUCUUCCGUAUCGAGUCUCUAGGCUACGCGGCUCGCGCAUACGGCCACUUGCACCCAUCCUCAAAGAACCCGUACAUCCUCCAAACCCUUCUCAUCCUACUCGCCCCUAUACUCUUUGCAGCAACAAUCUACAUGUUCAUGGGCCGUAUCAUCCUCGCAUCUGGGCAUACAAAAGCGUGCAUCAUCCGGCCAACAUGGCUAACGAAGAUCUUCCUGGGUGGCGACAUAUUGUGCUUCUUGGUGCAAGCUGCAGGUGCUAGCAUGCUAGUGAAGGCUGAUGCUUCACAGUCGACGAGGGAUCUGGGCAAGUAUGUUGUACUUGUUGGGUUAAUUAUACAAGUCUUGGUCUUUGGCUUCUUCUUGAUCGUUGCAGCGCUCUUCCACCUUAGAGCUAAGAGAGUCGAGGAGACGAAAGGACAGCUUCGAAUGUUCCAUUGGCAGAAGCAUCUGUUUACACUGUACGCUGCUAGUGGACUUAUCACAGUGCGUAACUUGUUUCGCGUUGCUGAGUAUGUUAUGGGUGAGGAGGGAUACUUAUUGACACACGAAUGGCCGAUAUACAUCUUCGACGCACUGCUUAUGGCUGCCGCACUUGCGAUUUGCAUUUCGUGGUACGUUGGUAACAUCGUGCCUAAGGCCAGCAAUGUCGAUGAAGAAGAUAUAUACGUGAUGAUGGCUGAUCGGGGUAUUCAUGGCAAUCGGGUAUAG